CAGCACGCCCGCAGGAACCGCACCGCCGACGUCCUCAUGCCGCCCGACCAGGCCGACGGCCUCAAGGACAGCCUCGACGACAUGGGUCUGGGCUACACCGUGCUCAGCAGGGACGUCCAGAAAAUAAUCGCGUUCCAGAACCCUCCCCGGGCGGCGGGGCGCGUCAACAGGGUGCGCCGGAAGGGCCACCCCUACACCUGGAAGCGGUACCACCGCUACGAAGACAUGACGAGCUACAUGUUCUACCUGGCGUCGGCGUACCCGCAGAACGCGCAGGUCAUCACCAUCGGCUCCACCAGCGAGGGCCGGCCGCUGUUCGUGCUCAAGGUGUUCUCCAACGACGAGCUGCAGCCGCGGUCCAGGAACGCGACGACGACGCGCGCCAAGCGGGCCAAGCGCGCCAGCUACCACAAGCCGGCCAUCUGGGUCGACGCAGGCUCGCACGCGCGCGAGUGGAUCGGCCCGGCCGUGGCGAUGUACCUGUGCAUGCAGCUGGUGGAGCGGUUCCUGGACCACCCGCACCUGGUGACGGACGCGGACUGGUACAUCCUGCCCGUGCUCAACCCGGACGGCUACGAGUACUCGCACACGGUGGACCGGCUGUGGCGCAAGACGCGCUCCACGCCCGAGCUGGCCACGGGCCGCCUCUUCUCGCCGCGCAGCCCCUGCGACGGCGUGGACCUGAACCGCAACUGGGACUUCAACUGGGGCGACCGGAAGGGUGCCGCCGACGACCCCUGCAAGCAGACCUACGCCGGGCCCAGGCCCUUCUCGGAGCCCGAGGCCAGGGCGGCCGCCGACUUCAUCCUGGGCCGCAAGGAGCGCAUCCAGGUGUUCCUCACCUUCCACUCGUACUCCCAGAUGUUCCUGCUGCCCGAGGACGCGUCCUUCCGGCGGCUGCCGGACCACCAGGAGCUGUACAACAAGGCCCUGAUCGCGGCCAGGGCCAUCGGGCGCGUCCGCGGCACGCGCUACCAGAUCGGCACCGCGUCGGAGCUGCUGUACACCAUCUCGGGGAGCUCGGACAGCUGGGCCAAGUCGGUGGCGGGCAUCAAGUACUCGUACACCAUGGAGCUGCCGGACCGCGGCCGCUACGGCUUCCUGCUGCCGGCCUCCCUCAUCAAGCCCACCGCCAAGGAGACGUUCAUUGGCGUCAAGGAGCUGGUGCAGGCCAUCGUCUGCAGGCCCUACUAGGCCCAACUGGAGCCCUUCUGGGCCCUACCAGAGCUCCACUGCAGCGCCAACCAAGUGGACGCGGCUAGGGGUGUGUCCAGGACGGCGUACGUCGCAAAAGUCGCCUGCUUACAGGGGUGAAGUGCGACUCUGCCUACCUUCCAAGCGGCGUCUUCACCACCUUCAAGGAGGCUACCCUCCCGCUCCCCCUCCCAUGUGGCCGUCAGCCGUUGUGUGUGAACGGAAAUGGACCGUUGGUUUUUCUACAGCAGGUGUGUGCAUGUGUACAUUUUGAGGAAAAAUGUGGAGUUUUAAGGCCGUUCUCGCAUCGUAAGUAAUUGUUUGAAGUGGGACUUCGACGCGGCGCGGGGCGUCCAGUGAUCAGGGGAUUAGGUGUGAGUAAUUUAUUUUGUCCAUGGAUUUCGAGUUGUGGAUGUCACUUUCUUGAAGUUGUCUCUGUUCUUUGUCAAGUAAGUUCAUAAGGCCUAUUUUAUACAAAAGUGGAUUUGUGCGUAUUUUCGAAUUCUAUUUUUACACGAUAUUUUAAGUCUUAGUGGUGUAAAUAAAAUGCGGAAUGUAACAUGUUCGACCUAGUUAUCCGUAUACGUUUGUGUAAAUUCCUUUUCUAAGGACAUCGCAUUUCAAAACUGGUGAUCGCUUAUGAUUAUCUCUGUCUUGGCACUCUGUGAAAACUUUUUUCUGACUUCUGGUGUACAAACCGAAGCGGACCGCAGUGCGGAGGGCCCCUCUCUUCCUGGUGUGCCAUUCUCGAUGUAUAUACACUAGUAAUACACAUAUCGUCGGCUUUUAGUGUAGGUCCCUGCUAAUUAAUUCUCAUUAAACUGUUUCUAAGCG